AUUUUUGUUUUCUUUACACCCACAGGCCUCAAGCCGCGCUCUUCUCGUCGCGCUCUCGCAGAAGGGAGAGAAAUAUCCCCGAGGUCCUAUUCUCUCUCUCGUGUAAAGUAUCUCCUUUUAAUCUACAUAUCUCCUUCUGGUUUCGGUUCUGCAGUUAUCGCCGCUGAAUCUCGUUCUUUGUUUCUCUUUGUCAAUCUACGUCGAAGAUUUUAUCUUCAAGUGAAAGGUCCUGAAUCCUGAGGUAUGCAGCAAUAUGGUCAAACGGUGAUAAACUUGAGGCCUGGUGGUGGUCGAGGAAGAGGCGGUGGCGGCGGAAGCAGGCUAUUCGGUCCUCGAUAGGCUGGUGAGUUUACCAGAGAUCAACUGUGACAGCAUAAAGAGGGGAAUCCGGACUGCAAAAAGUUCAAACAAAAACCACUUUCAUAUGUGUAUGAAUUGAUAGAGUUAUUCCUGCUUGUUACAAUGCGGGGCACAUACAUGUGGACACCUACAGUUGAUGAUCAUGAGGAUGUAUAUAGGCCAAAAAUGGAUUUAACUGAAGGAUUUGGAGAUAGUGAUGAUUUAAGGGAUACAAGUGGUGGAGCUAUUCCUGAAAUUGGACAAAUCAACUUGAAUAAUAUCAGUGUACAAAAUGGUGGUGCCAGUUAUGGGAGUAAGCGAAAGAGAGGUAAAAAUAGUCAGAACAAAAAGAAACAACGUCCUACGUAUGUCAUGGCUGAUGUAGUGAAUCAUUUGGUUACUACACAAGACGAUAGGAUUACGGCAAUGAAAUCAAUUCUUGAUUCAAUGGAGAGUGCAACAAGACCAGUUGAUCAAACUAUUUUGGAUGUUGCAAUGGAACUUUGCCAAAUCGAGGAGAUUGCAAGUGAUGAGGUGCUUCUUGGAAAGUGUGCUGUGGCCUUGCUAGAUAAGACUGCAAGGGAGAUGUUUGUUGGGCUUAGGGGAAAUAGAAAAGCAUUAGUAUCCUAUUUAAAGUGUUUGGCUAAGAAAGCAGCAUAGAUCAAUUUUUGCUUGCCUUAUCCAUGUUUUAAAACUUGCUAGUAUUGUUUAUGUUAUUAACUUAACUUUGUUUUCAAAUUAAUUGUGUUGUUAAACUCUUGUUUUAUGUGUUUUUAUUUUAAGUUA